CUGGGAGUAAUCACCUUUAGAUUAAACAACCUUGAAGUGAGGCUAACGAAAAUAACUCUGUCGAGGGAAACUCCGGUGUACACUGUAUCAUCAAGCGCUAUGAAGCUUAUGUCUAACACUCUGUUAACAUCGGUCGUCAUCUUUUUUGUCUGCAAGUUCUGUCGUAUUCAAAGCCAAACCGUGCAUCCUGGAAUCCGCUUGCGAGUAACGAACAAGGGGCUACAAUAUGCGGACAACGAUGUGGGAAUCCCAACUUUGCUGGAAAAACUCAAGAAAGAUAAAAUAAGAGACAUCAGUCGUAAAGAGAGAGGCCUCGAAUACACUUUGUCGGACAUCAAGAUCAAAAAGUGUUUGAUAGCUUCAUCCUCACUUUCGACUGCUUCAGGAGAAGGCCUUCGUUUACAAGCAACUGGGAUUGACCUUGACAUCGCAUUGCUUUUACGUUAUAAAAAGAAAGUGCUAUGGUUUCACGUAAAGGACAAGGUCAAUGUGGAGUUGAAAGUUCGAGGAGUCGCCUUUAACCUGAAAACACGGAUUGGUGUCGACUCCACUGGUCAUCCCACCAUUUCCACGUAUGAGCAGGACUGCUCCUCACAUGUCCGAUCAGUUGAUGUUCAUUUCAGUGGCAGUCGUGCAAAGAAGAUAUACAACAUGCUCAAAAGGAGGAUUGAGAACAAAAUCAAGGAUGCUCUCGCAAAAAUGAUCUGCAGGGAAGCUGAAGAGGCUAUAAACAAAGACGCAGCAAAGUACCUUGCAACAUUUCCUGUUAUUCGGAAAAUUGGUGAUGUGGCGCAAAUUGACUAUACCCUUAUGGCAAACCCUACUUUUACAUCACAAUAUAUGGAUGUACCACUUAAGGGUGAAUUUAAGUCCCUCAGAAACCCCCAUGCCACAGCAAUGUUAGUUCCCCAAACAAUCCCAGACUUCGCGGAGGUUGAUAAAAUGGUUUACAUAUGGCUUACGGAUUACGUCUUCAACACGGCGAGCCUUGUCUUUCACAAGGAAGGAAAACUACGUACUACUAUUCGACCCAAGGAUUUACCUCCUUCUGCUAUGUUUCAAUUGAACACAACGUUUUUCCGGACCUUCCUGAACCAGCUGUACAAACUAUACCCAGACCGACCGGUGUUUCUUAAAGUCUACACUACCAAGGCUCCGGUUUUCGUGUCGAGUCCAAACAGCGUCAAUGUGACCGUGAACGGUAAUAUUGAAGUGUACGUCACUGCUAAAAAUGGAGCAAAUAUAUAUGCUUUGACAGUGGGUGUGAAAGCUAAUGUUCUUGGAUCUCUGGGUGUAAAUCAAGGUAGCUUGACCUUUCACAUCGAUUCAUUCAGAACCAAAUUACAUCUCGUCCGCUCUGCUAUUGGUAAAGUUCAGGCAAACAUUGGAUUGCUCGAAUGGUUUCUCAAUGGCAUAGAAUCUGGAAAUUUUGUGAAGAAGCUUAAUGUAAUUGGGGACGGAGGAUUUCCCUUGCCCAUGCUUCGUAAACUGGAGUGGGAAGACACUGAUGUAACUACGGGACAGGGUUUUGUUCUCAUUAAAACAAAUGUCAAGUACUCUCCUGGUAAUAAUUAGGACGAAGAUGAAUAAUAUAAGCACAUCAGAAGAACAUUAACCGUGGCUUUCGUCGAUAUAGUUUUUUCUUUUCAUCUAUAUAUAAUUUUAAAUAUACCGUCUUCCAGAUAAAUUACAUCUAAAUGAACGCUAAUGUAACUUAUGUAUUCGGUUCUAUUAUUAAAAAAUGGCUUUUUUCGGGUAAUAGGACAGGGUUUUUUCUGUAUCUAGCGAGCAAUGCAUUUCAGUAGUAUGUCUCCUCUAGGUUGUUGUUAUUAAUGAAGCUGAUACCACGUUCAGAUGCAAUAGUAAACAAUGAACUUGUUGGCUCUCUUGCUUUUUUAGUCUUGAAUAUGAAUUUAGAUUGAUAAAGUAGGGAGUAACUAGCCAAGUGAACAAUUUAAUAGUUGAUAAACGAAUGAAUAAACACAACUUCUCCAUGA